UAUAUUUACUUGUUUUGACCUAGGCAAAUUAUGUCAUUAACCUCCCUGGCAGUAUUCCCGAGUGUAGCUUGGGGUAAAGUUUCAGUACCACAAGUGGUAACCCCGAGCUACACUCGGGCUUACCAUGCGGAGCUUCUCCGCGAUCCCUCGAUCACUUACCUUGUCCUGCGCUCCCGCGAUUGUCCCUCCUUCAGUGUCCCUGGCAAUGUAAUCCGGCGGAUGCCAGCAUCUGUCAUCUGGGUUCCGUCCCCUGCAAGCGUCGGACGCACAGGGGGACGGAACGGCGGGAAAUUUGAAAAUGACAAAAAGUGACAUUCACUAAAUACACUAAAAUCACAUAGUAUAACAUUACUGUAUCAAACCAUUUCACAUAUAU